AACUUGCAGAUAUGGAUCCAAAGUCUUUAUCGCCAUCCACUCAUGGAACCCAUCGUAAAGCUAAAUCUCUAUCUUCUGAAUUCAAAGGGAUAGAAAAACGCGAUAGUUCUAAUGCUGCUAUUAUUCAAAGACUUCAAAUUGAAUUAAAACAACUUGAAUCGCUUCAUGAAGAUAAAAAUCAAGGUCUUAAUGCUGUUAAACAGGAAUUUGCUCGUCUUGAGAUUAAUCAUCGGGAAGCUCUUGAAAUUGUUGAAGAACUUCGUGAAGAAAUAAAAAGAAGGGAUGCUCUUGCCCAAAUGGAAGUCAUGUCCGCCAUGGGAUCAGAGUAUACUAACAACGAAUAUUCUACAUCAGCUAGUGAAGUUGAUCAACUUGAGAUUGUUCAUCGUCUUCGUGAAGAAGUUGAACAACUCAAAGAAGAGCAACGAAAGACUUUGGAAAGUAUUUACGAACGUGAAGAAAGUGGAAAAGAUGAUGUUAAAAAAUUAGAAGCCACUAUAAAAGAUCUUAAAUCUGAAAUGCAGAAAUUACUUGAAGAACAGGCCUUAAAGAAUUCCAAAGUCUCUGAUACUGCACCUGAUGAUAAUAAUGAUGAACAAGUCCAAGAAAUGCAAUUAACAAUAAAAUCACUUGAGGAACAAUUAUCAGAAGCUAAACGACAGUUUUAUAUCGCAGAUGCUGCUUCUCGUCUCGAGGGUAACAAUAAAAUAGAACCGGAUAUGGAAAAUUUUGAACUUAGACAGCAAGUCGAAAAACUUCAAAAUGAAAUUGAAGCAAAGAGUCAUACAAUAGCUGCCUUAUUGUUCCCAUCAAUUGAACAUCAAAAUACAAUUCGCAGACUUGAAGAUGAACUUGAAAAAGUUCGAGAAGCUCAUCAACAAGCUAUUUUAGAAAAAUCAAGCCAGUUAGCUUCAAUCGCAGAAGAAUUUGAAGAUGGAGGAAUUGAUGUUUCUGAAUAUUCUGUUGCUAGAGAGCAAACUUAUGACAAACAUGUACAAACUCUUGAAGAAAAAGUUAAAGAUCUUGAAUCACAAUUGAACAAAGCAAGAGAAGCACAGCAUAUUCCAACACCUCGAACUUCAAUUCAUUUUGAUAUUGAUCCAACACGAACAAACAUAAACAGUCUUGAAGAAAAAUUAGCCAUCUUGCAACAUGAUUUAGUUCUCAAAACAAAUACUAUCGAAAAUUUAAAUGAAGAACAAGAAAUUGUAACAGCGCUUCAAGAACAACUUCUCCUGCUUAAAUCAGAUAUUCAACGCAAAUACGAACUUAUCGAAAUCUUGAAGAGAGAUCUUGCUGAUAAGAGUAUGCUACAGCAAAAAUUAAGGGAAAAAGAGGCUGAAGCACUUAUUUUCAAAACAAAACUCAUGGAAGUUAACAAAAAAGAGCAAGAAUAUGAAGAUGAAACCAAAAAACUUAGAGAACACUUAAGUAGAUUAGAAAGUGGAGAAGAUGUAAAUGAGAUUCUUCAAGAAGAAUUAGAUAGGCUGAAAAAAGAAAUUAUAGAAGUUCGUGAAAAAGAAUCUAUUGCACUUGAAAGAUUUCGAGUAUUGAAAGCCAAAUUAGGUUCCGAUCCUGAGGAAAAUCAACUUCAAGAUGAAUUAGAACGUUUACGAAUCGUGGAAAUAACGCAAAGAGAAAGAAUAGCAAUUUUGGAAAGUAAACUUUCAGAGCAAGGAAGUCACGUUGAAUGUGAUAUUGCACAACUCCAAAAUGAUUUGUUGUUAGCAAAGGAAUCUGAGGCAACACAAAAGAAUAUAAUCGAAAGUCUUGAAGCAAAAUUGCGUAAGGCUGAGGAUAAGUCUCAAAUAAGCGCAUAUCGACGUGAAAUAAAUGAGUUGAAAACUAAAGAAACAGAAUAUUUGAAAAGAAUAAAUGAAUUGGAAUAUCAAUUAAAGGAACACGAUACUAAGGACCUAAAUGAGGUUAACAAACUUAAUGAAGAGUUAGAGAAAAUGAGAGCUAUAGAACGAGAACAACGUAAACAAAUUGAAACCCUUGAAACACGAUUAGAACUUGUCAACGAUGAAGAUCCCAAUGUUUCUUCAUUGAGAGAUCAAAUCGCUAAAUUGAAAGCUUCAGAAUCUGAUAUGCGUAGAACUGUACAGGAUUAUGAAUUAAAACUUGCAACAGCACAGAAAGAGGCUAAAAUUUUUGGUACGGUUAAAGAAGAAGUUAAAUUCUUAAAGGAAUUAGAAACUGAGCAAAAAUCCACAAUUGAGCAAUUGCAAGCGCAACUUAGUAAGCUUAGAACUUCUAAAGAAGCAGCUGUUAACGAACUUCAAACUAUGAAAGGAGGUUUUGUUAUUCAAAAGGACUUGGCAAUCUCCCUCGAAAAAGAAGUAAAUUCUCUAAGAGAACAAUUGGCAGCUAUAAAGAAUAUUGACGCUAAAUCAUAUGAUCAUGAAGAAAUGACCAAUUUGAUAAACCAAACUCAAAAAGAACGUGAUGAUGCACAGAAUACAGUCAAAACUUUGGAAAUUGAAAUCAAAACAUUUAAACUAGCAGGAGUUGCUGGCAAUGAAAAUGUUGGCGCUUUAAGAUCAGAACUAGCAAAUACUAAACUUGAGAUGGCGGCUCAAAACGAGAUUCUUGCCGAUCUUGAUUCUCAGAUAAGUAAUAUGAACAAAGAACGUAAUCAGAGUAUCCAACGCAUUCAAGAGUUAACAGAAGCUCUUAAAGAAAAAGAAUCUAGCCAAAAGGAUGCCAUUAGGAACCUUGAAUGCACUUUAGCAAAUUUAGAUUCUGAACUUACUGUGGCCAAGGAUUCCUCCAUGAGCAAAAAAACAAUUGCAACUCUUGAAGAAGAGCUUGCUACUGUGCGUUCACAAUUAAAUGAUGCUAAGGCUUCCGAUGAAAGACGUUCAAAUAUUAUUAAUGAGUUGGAAAAGAAAUUAAAGAAUACUCUUAAUAUUUUAACGGACAAAGAAGAAAGUAUCAUUAACCUUGAUGUUAUGGUCUCAGAAUUGGACACGGUUAUACAAAAAACACAAUUAGAACUUCAAACAUCAAAAGCGUCUGAAGAAGAUGCGGCAAGACGUGAAAAUAAAUUAGAAGCCAAACUUGCAGAAGUGACUUCCAGGUUACAAAAUACAAACAAUAGCAGUGCAGAACUUACAAAAAUAAAAGCUUCAGAAACAAACCAUAUGGAACAAGUUAAGCUCCUGGAAACUAAACUCAAAGAAGCUGAGGCACAUCGUGUUGAAGAAACGUCCAAACUUAAAAAGGCAAAUAAAGAAAUCGAGUCACUUAGUGAUAAAUGUAAUCAAUUACAAAAAGAACUUGAAGAUGCACAAUGGGAUUCUGUCAUCCAGAGUUAUGAAAAUGUUGAUGAUACUAUGGUUGAAGAUCUUACCAAUCAACUUAAACAGGUCCACAGCGAAGCCAAGUUUCAUCGGGAUCAAGUUGUGACUUUGGAAAAGAAAGUUAAACAGCUAGAGUCUGAUAGGACGGAAAGCCUUGAACGAAACGCAACUCUUGAACAACAAGUUGAACAACUUCAAAAAGAUCUUGAAACAUUGGCUGAAGAAUUUUCACAGACUGCAGCCAAAUUUGAAGAUACUAAUACGUUAUCAAAACAGCAAAAGCAACGAAUCAUUGAAUUGGAAACUGCUCUUGCAGAGACCCAGAAAGUCACUUCCACAACUGAUAGGAGUUCUGUACGUGGUUCUGGAUCUACCAAUCCGGCUCUUGCUGAACUUGCUUCUGCAAAUGAAAAAUUGCGACAGAUCAAUGAUGGCCUCAAUAUUAAGAUUUCCAAAGCGGAAGAACGUGUCUCGGAAUUAAAUGCCAAAAUCAACAUAUUGGAAGAAGAAUUGGCUCAAUUGAGAUCAGGAAGAACUAAUAUCAAUGAAGAAUCUGUUGAGAGUCUAAAAUUAAAAAUUCAAGAACUUCAAUCCGAUAAGGAUCUACUAGAACAAGCAAAUGAAACCGCAUUUGAAGAACGUGGUAAACUUGAUCAUAAGAUCGAAUCAUUAAUGCAACAAUUACGUUCUGUUGGUGGAAACAAAGCUGCUCAACAUAUAUCGCGAUUAAAUGAACAAAUUGCUAAACUCGAAAAGGAGCAUGCUCAGUUAAAACAAGACUCUUUGGAUGAAAUUAGAGAUAUGGAAAAAGAGAUUGCGCACUUGAUAGAACAUAAUAAUCGUUUAGAACAAGAGAUCAAAGAGAUGGGUGGUAAUAUUCCAAAUAUUGACAGAGUUAGUCAUGCUAUACCGGCUGUAAGGCGUCCUAGUAGAGAUGGCCUUACUAUGCAAAAUAAAAUCAGUCGUCAAGAUGACACUAUCACACAGAAAAACAUGCUAAUCAAGACUCUUCAAGAAAAGAUUACAGAACUUGAAAAUCGAUCUUAUGAUGAUCGAAGUUCAUAUGUUGGACCAGAUUUGGAUGCCGUUGGUGGUACACGUCUGUCAACAACGUCGUCAUCAUCUAAUUCAUCGGAUGCCAAUAACAAGAAAGGUUCACGACAUCCAAGCCUUACUAAACCACCACCAGUGCCACCACCAAAUCAGCCUUUACCGCCAAUUCCUCAAAACUCUACAUCUCGUAUACGAAACAGAUCAGAUUCAAUAGCGUCAUCAGACCUUUCAUUAGAAAUUCAGAGACUACACAAAAAGAUCUCAGAAAUUGAAGGUGAAAACCUACAAAGUCGACAACUCGUGUCAACUCUUGAAGCUUCAAUAAAUGAUAAUGAAACCAAUUUGCGUGUAGCAAAACAACAACUUUUAGUAUUACAACGCGAAAAAACGGAAUAUCUUGAUCAAAUAAAGAGCCUACGCAAACAAUUGAGCGAAGCAAAUGAUCAAAUGGAAAAAGCAAAAUCCACUGUACAAGAAGAAAAGAAAGUCAUGGAGAAUGUAUUGGAAGAAGAACGAAAAGCAAAGGAACGAGCAGAAAAAGCACGUGUACAACUCGAAAGUCAAAUGGAACAACUCAUGUCAAGAAAAAGCAAAUUUAUGUGUUUUUAA